CCCAUGUCCCUGCGGUCAUCUCAGGUUUCAGCGUCCAAAGGGGUCUCUGACGGCGCGUGGCAGGGGCUAUGCUGUAGGACGGGCUGAAUGACCCGAGGCAGACCAGACCACGGGUGGCGUCGCACACAAGGCACUGUAUAAAGGCAUUGGCCGUCGCUCACAUCUGAUCACAGUAAACAGCUCCUCGAUAACUCAAAAGAUUACUACUUGUAUAUUGUCAUCAUACUCGAAAAUGCCUUCCCUGUCGCGUUUACCCGAUGCAUUUCAAGCGUCGUAUUUGGAACGGGAGUCGUACCCUCGAAAUUUGGCCAUCAAUGGUGCAGCGAGAGAUUAUGUUAAGAUCCUUGAAAAUGCUUCCGAAAAGUUGUUCCAAGACACCACGCUCGACGUCAGAUUCAGGGACUUGCUGAAGAAUGAUGGGAAUAGUGAAGAUCUUGACAAAAAAUACAUCCAAACUGAGGCUGCUUUAUCCCAACACUUGGGGGUACGCGUUAUUCCUGACCCCACCGACAUUCACAAGAAAACAGUUGUAGGCAGUCUGAAGGAUCCGAAAUGUCGCUUUGUCUACAUCUAUGGCGAGCACUCUAGGGCACGUCUUCGAAUCUCACGUUCCAUGCUCCUUGAGCUCUUAACAUGGCACCAAAUCGCGCCUGCAUAUGUCGACUUCAUGCUAGUAUUUGGAAUGAAGCCAGACUCUAGUGACCUCCUUUUUGGAGGAUUCAGGGCCCAGGUACGCAUCAAGCCCAUGGAUGCAACCGGCAGCAUUGCGCCCCUUGGGAGGUCCGGGCGGCAUUACGAAUUGUGCUACAACUUGAAAGGCGUCUCCAAGUCCCAACAAGAUGACUCGUACUCGAUCAGACAGUCCGCCUUCUACCAUCGUUUCGACGUCGUGGGAGGCAACGCGCUGUGGAUCGUGACAAAGGGCGGCGACGACCUCCACCACCGCUUCAAAGAACUCACCAGCAAAGAUUCUGCUAGACAAAUGUUCGCGGACAGUGGGGCUUGUUUCAGGUCGAGCCUUGCCGCACAUAUGGCAUUCUGUUACUGGUCUACGGAGGACUGGCAUGGUUACAUUAGAUAUUUGGAGACCAUGGUGGGCGAAUACACUAUUAUGGCAUUAUUGGGGCACAGGGGAGAAGGGAACCCUCAAGAGACCUACACGGGGAGAAAUAUACAACAACUACAGAUAUGGCGCGAGACAGUUUGCGAUGUGAUCGCAGUGCUCGACUCCAAUGUGGAGGUUAUUUCCUCCAUGGCUGCCUUUUACCGGAACUUGCAGUCGAAGAAAAACUUUCCUCUCAGGGAUAUAUGCCACGAGGACAUAGACGACUUCGUGGAGGAGUUGCAUAUGAUAAUCUCUAGUUUCAAGCUCCAAAUCAGCCGGGCAGAAUCGCUGCGGCAGAGGACUAUGGAACGAUCAGAGUUGGUAAAACAGCAUGUCGCAAACCAGACGUCUGAAAGGCUAGAAAAGAUGAACCAACAGAUGGAGAGAGAGGCGAUUGCUGUCCGAAUAAUCACAAUCGUGACUCUCAUAUACUUACCAGCAACGUUUGUUUCCACCUUCUUCAGCACCGACAUUAUCAAGUAUCAGGGAGAUGAUGGUCCUGGAAGCGGGACAUUCUCCGCCACUGCCAUGAUCCGCUGGCUCCAAGUCACCUUACCGCUCACGCUCGUAACCUUGCUGGCUGCUCGUGCUCUGCAAACACGAGCCACGUCACAAGUGAUCACCGCAUCCGACCCAUCAGCAAACAAUGCCGAGAACGCGAUCACCACAUCCGAGUCAUCAGCAAACAAUGCCGAGAAAGGGAUACAGGGAAACUGGUAUACGCGGCCUCGGCUUGGAGUAUGGGACAUACCUCUCCGGUCUUGGUUUACGGGGUUCCGCGCAAGGCGAAAACAUUCUUCUGCCGCACACAUUGUGUGAUGUGUAGGUAAAAACAAAUUGAUCGGAAGCAUGGUCACGUUCUGCUCAAGUGACUUGACAGCUAUUCCAGAUCUACGAAUAGCUGGAAAACCUUUGUUUGCAUCAUGUUGUCUCUCGUAGCACGACUGUAAUAAUUUCCCAGUCCCCGAGGGUACGAGGAAUUUCAACAUGUGCCCAGAUUCUUCCUAGAUUGGAGAGCUCCAAUGAGAAGCAGAUGCAAUUAAGAAAUACAUGAGAGGAUGAAUCCGGAUAACUGCACGCAAACCAUAUUCCCAUCUCUAGUCUC